AUGCAGUCCUCGUUCUCUCUGCCCCGCCUCGCCGCCUCCCGUCUCUCGACUCCCGCCGCUACUCCCACCCACCGUGCCAAGACUGUCGUCCCGCUGGUGGGCGGCGCCUGCUUGGGUCUCGGCCUGUGGACCAACAACUCGAGCCAGCCGCUCUCGCUUCCCCAUCUUCGUUCGGCCGUCGCUACGUCGCGCCGCCAGCUCUCUGGCCUGUUCCUCUCGGAUGAUCUGCACCAGAGCAUCGGCGUCAACAUCCUCGAGUGA